AUGCCCGCGGCACUGACGCCGCAGCGCCGCAAUCCAUUUAAAGUGGUAGCGGGCGACCUCGGCCACCUCGCCACGACCGUCGUCAAGCUCGGCCUGCGCGUGCCGCGCGCGACGGCCGGCGGCGUCCAACAAUUGGUCGGGUCCAUCAACGACGCGCGCAAGCGCCGCGCCGCCGCCGCGUACGUCGACGCCUGCCUCGAGGAGGCGCCGCAGCCGCCGCCACAACCUCAACCCGUCGCCGUGAUCAAGCCGCCGACGCAGCCGCUGCGGGGGCUGAGCCCCGUGGCCAUGCGCGCCGUGAAAGCCGGACGCGCGAACGUCGCGCAGCGCACGCCGCCGGGCCUCUCGGCGUCGUCGCUGCCGGUGACACCGAUGGACGCGGCCAUGGGCUCGCGCGCCCGCGCGUCGGGCGUCCCCGCGACGCCCGUGGCCUACGCCCCGGCGGUCUCGGGGCGCCCGCCGUCCGUUAUGGACGCGGCCCUCGGCGCGCGCCAGGCCAUCCCCAUCAACCCCUCCACCAGGGUGUCGGCGUCAUCCACGGCACCGUCGGUCCUCGACGCGGCGCUGGGGUCGCGCGACCGCGCGGCCGUCGUGAAGCCCGUGACGUCUGUGUCGAAGACGGCCGGCGCGCGCGAGAACUACGCCGAGGCGGCCCUGAAGCAGAUGCAGCAGCGCGCGUCGGCCAUGGACGAGGUCGCGGCGCGCCGGCGCGCGCACGAGCGCGACGCCGCGGCGGCCUGGACGCGGCAGCGCGAGCGCGACGUGACGGCGGCGCAGCGCGCCCAGGCGGCGACGCGCGCGGCCGCGGCGCCGACGGUCAUCGUCGACCGCGUACAAGCGCCGCGCCGCGACCCGCCGCUCGUGGACCGGCGCACCGUGCCGCGCGGCGGCGCCUUCGCGCCGACGCAGCAGUACGCCGCGCCGGCGGCCGCGCCGGCCGUCGUCGACGCGGCGCCGGCCGCCGCCGCUGUCGCCGAGGAACCGGUCGCCGCGCCGCUCGUGCGCAAAACCCCGAUCGGCGCGGACCUCUUCACGCAGCUCGGCGGCGCGUUCCUCGUCCUGCUCGCCGUCAUGGCGGCGCCGUCGUUCAGCGGGCAGAUGGCGUGCGUCGCCGCCUCGGUCGUCGGCUACCAGCUCCGGGCGCUCCAGGCGUUCUUCGGGCCGUCGAACUGACCACCUUCCCCCCCUUAAAAACACAUCACUUGGGC